CAAAACAAUUUUGAAGCGUUUUAGAGAUUAAUGUAUUUUUGUUGAUUAAGUUUGUAAAAUCAGUUUUCCUUCUGGCUGAUCAUUAAUCUGUUGGUAAACUUUAAUUGCAUCAUUGUAAGUAGAUUUGUUGAACACUUUACGGAUAUCAUUUUCGGAAAAAACGUUAUUUAGAAAAGGAGCCAAAGAUAUUUAGUGAAAUUGCAUAUAAAUCUUUUUAAAAAUGAAGUUUAGUGGACUAGAAUUAACCAAUAUGCUUCAUUCAAGUCGAUCGUGUACCGACGUUAACAAUUAUAUGGGCACAAACUUAUCUAGUCUUUUGUCACGAAACCAGUGGGUGAGUUCAGAAAGCCUUAUUGAGAGCCAAAAGUAUACUAAUUUCGAGUGUAAAACACAAUCGGUGGAAAAUUUAUCAACAAGCAUUGGUAUUUCUAUUUCGCAAUCAUACUUAGAUAAAAAUUUGGUUCCCCCGUCUCGUGGUAUACUAAAAAAAAGUUUUAGUUGUACAGACUCUUGCAAAACUGACGAUUUAAAAUCAAAAGACAAUUUUCCUAAUAUUACAUAUAAGAGCGUCUCAUUUGCCGACGAUAACAAUUUAAAUCUAUUUGAGAUAAGAAGUUAUGUUUUAAGUUCAGAACGCCUUGACUUUUGCGACUCGUCAGAUGACGAAAACAAAAACAAAAGGAUACUUUUUGAAAAUUCGUCAUUACCGUCUGCAAGAUCUCCGGGUAAUCCUGUAAUUACAAACAAGGUCUUUAAAAAGAAAAAGAUAGAGCUUGUUGCGUGCUUUGAAAACCAUGCUCAAACAGACGAUAUUUUUCAAUACGUGAAUAAACACAACGUUGCGUUAGAAAAGUGUUUAAUUCGAGGUAGGACAAUUACAGGUAUAAUAAUAACGAAAAAUAUUGAUUAUCACAAGGAAAUAUUUGUUAGGUAUACAAUAAAUAAGUGGGAAAGUUUUAAUGAUAUUGAAGCAACAUACGUACCUAAGUCAAGUGAUGGAACAACUGACAGAUUCAUGUUUUCAGUGUCUUUACCACAAGGUUUUCCAGACUUGGUGUUUGCAAUACGGUACAAAGUUGCAAGUAAUGAAUACUGGGACAAUAAUAAUGGGUUGAAUUAUCGAGUUAGAGAUAUUAUGUUUGAAUAAAAUAUGUUUUACUUGCGUAAAGUUAGCAAAGCACAUUUAAAACUAAACAAAUAAAUAUAGGUAAAAACUUAGUAUAUUAAAAUCUUUUACCUUUUUUAAAAAAAGACUAUUCAUAGCUUGCAAAAAUAUUUUAGUUUUGUAUAAAAAAAAAAUUUCCAGCAUAAAAUGUUUGCUACGUUGUAAAUAUUGUUAUUUAAACUGUUUUAUAUUUUUAUUUGCGAUAAUAUUUUUUUAGCUUAA